UUUGAACCACUCACCAUCAGCUCUUUCUCAUCAUGGAACACCAAGUCCUCUCAUUUCCAGUUCUUUUGAGUUUCCUUAUUUUUCUUGUCUUAUUAAAGUUAUCCAAGAAAUUAUACAAACAUGAUUCAAACCCUCCACCCGGACCAUGGAGAUUACCUAUCUUAGGUAACAUUCUCCAGCUCGCCGGUGACCUCCCUCAUCACCGGUUAGCAGAGUUGGCCAAAACCUAUGGACCGGUAAUGGGUAUUAAACUGGGUCAAAUUCCCUUUCUUGUGGUUUCUUCAAGGGAAGCAGCCAAAGAAGUAAUGAAAAGCCUAGAUCCCAUUUUCGCCGAACGAGCGACUAUCCUUGUAAAUGAAAUAGUGAACUAUAACCGUAACGGCAUGGUUUUUGGGUCAUACGGAGAUCACUGGAGGCAAAUGAGAAAAUUCUGCACGUUGGAGUUACUUAGCGUAAAACGAGUACGGUCGUUUCAAUCAGUAAGAGAAGAAGAAAUGGCAGAUUUUGUAAAAUUUCUGCGUUCAAAAGAAGGAAGUUCUGUUAAUCUUACUCAUACUAUAUUUUCUUUUACAAAUUCUAUAAUUGCAAGAAACGCUGUUGGUCAUAAAAGCAAAAAUCAAGAAACGUUGUUAAGAUGUAUUGAUGGUAUAAUUAUUACGGGAGGUGUUAAUAUAGCUGAUGUCUUCCCUUCCUUAAAAUGGCUUCCUUCAGUCAAAAGGGAAAAGUCUAGAAUUAUGAAAUUGCAUCGUGAGACAGACGAGAUCCUUGAAGAUAUCUUACAAGAGCAUAAAGCUAAAAGGCAUACAGCGGUUUCCAAGAAUGGCAAUCAGAGGAAAGCUGAUAAUUUUCUUGAUGUUCUUCUCGAUCUUCAAGAAAGUGAAGAUCUUGAUCUUCCCUUAACUGAUGUCAACAUCAAAGCAGCAAUCAUGGAUGUUUUUAUCGGUGGAAGUGACACAUCCUCAAAAACUACAGAAUGGGCAAUGGCAGAGUUGAUGAGGAAACCGGAAAUAAUGAAAAAAGCACAAGAAGAAUUGCGGAGUGUCUUUGGUGAAAAAGGUUACAUUGAGGAAGCAAAACUUCAGGAAUUAAAAUGGUUGAAGUUAAUUAUUAAAGAAACAAUGAGACUACAUCCUGUACUUUCAGUACUUCCAAGGGUUUGUAGGGAAAAGACUAAAGUUAGUGGAUACGAUGUUUAUCCUGAUACUCGAGUUCUGGUCAAUGUAUGGGCACUUGGAAGAGAUCCUACAGUUUGGAGUGAACCUGAGAAAUUCAAUCCGGAGAGAUUUAUUGAUAGUUCAAUCGAUUAUUUGGGUAAUCAUUUUGAAUAUCUUCCAUUUGGUGCAGGAAAAAGAGUAUGCCCUGGAAUUGCGUUAGGUAUGGUUCAUAUGGAAAAUUUCCUUGCAAAUUUGCUCUUUCAUUUUGACUGGAACGCCUAUCAUAUAGACCUCGGGGAAAAGCGACUAAAGUUAGUGGAUAACGAUGUUUAUCCUGGAUACUCGCAGUCUGGUCAAUGUAUUGGGCAACUUGGAAAGAGGAAUCCUACAGUUUUUGUGAUGCGUGAACCUGCGGAGGAAAUUUCAAUCCGGAGAGAUUUAUUUGAGUAG